ACCCUUUGCCUCUAGAGAUGUACUCUUCCAUGAGACCAUCUUCCCCUUUGCUUCCCCCCACACACACCAAACUUCACCACCAGAACACACUUCUUCAUCUCCUCAAACUCCCACCUCAGCACAUAUGCCAUCAGACAUGCAUCCACAUCAUGAUUCAUUUGUUCCUUUUGUUCCUAAUGUUGCUUCUUCGCCAUCAAGCUCUUCUGGUUUUAUUCCAUUUGACACCAUUGAUGGCCAAGAUGCUGAGGUUUCUGAGGAGGUUUUCGAUCAUGAAGAAGAGGGGGCACUGAAUACCUCAAAUGAUGAAUUUGAGGAAGAACCUCAACACAACAACACCCUAAGGAAAUCGACCAGGAAAACAACUGUACCUGUCUGGCACAAGGAUUACUACUUGGGGACAGGUGCCACUGCACAAAAGCACCUGUACCCAAUCUCAUCUUACAUGGAUUUUUCACAGCUAAGUCAACACCACAAACACUUCUCCCUAGCAGUCACAAACCUCCAAGACCCUCAAUCCUACCAUGAAGCUGUGAAAGAAGAAUGCUGGAGACAAGCUAUGAGGGAAGAGAGAACAGCUCUAGAACUCAAUAACACAUGGGAUGUAGUAGAUGCCCCACCAGGAAAGAAGCUGGUAGGCAGCAAGUGGGUUUACAAGACCAAACUACUUGCUGAUGGAUCAAUUGAAAGGCGAAAGGCCAGAGUGGUUGCAAAGGGUUUCACACAAGUGUAUGGCGUUGACUUCCUUGACACCUUCUCCCCAGUGAUGAAGAUUAACACUGUCAAGACUCUCUUGGCAGUUGCAUCAGUCAAAAACUGGGAACUAAGUCAAAUGGAUGUAAGUAAUGCUUACCUAAAUGGGGAGUUGGAAGAGGAGGUAUACAUGAAAUUACCCCCUGGAAUGGAAAUACCUGGCAAGGCGUGCAAGCUGAAGAAAUCCCUUUAUGGCCUCAAGCAGGCUGGGAGGCAAUGGUAUGCAAGACUCACAGAUGCCCUGAUCAGGUUUGGCUUCAAUCAAUCUUUCUCAGACUAUUCCCUCUUCACUAAGAAGACAGGACAAGGAAUCACCAUUAUUCUGGUGUAUGUCGAUGACUUAAUACUAUCAGGAGACGAUCAGGACAUGAUUCAGGAGGCAAAAGCCUUCUUAUCUAAGGAGUUUAAAGUUAGGGAUCUUGGAAAACUAAAAUAUUUCCUAGGCUUGGAAAUAGCCAGAAGCAGUGCUGGGAUUUCAGUCACCCAGAGGAAGUACUGCCUCGACCUUCUAACUGAUACAGGGUUCCUAAGUUCAAAACCAACUAAGACUCCAUCAGACAUGAAGACAAGGCUAUCACAAUUCAACGAUGAAGAAUCAGAAGAUCCAUAUGAGUACAAAUCUCUGGUUGGAAGACUAAGCUACCUAACUACCACAAGACCUGACAUCUCAUACUUAGUGCAACAAUUGUGCCAGUUCCAGGCACAACCCAAGAGAUCUCACCUCAAGGCUUCGCACAGGAUACUCAGGUACCUCAAGAACUCUCCAGGCCAGGGAUUGUUCUUCGCAUCAAACACUAAUUUCACCCUAACGGGAUACAGUGAUUCGGAUUGGGGAGCCUGCCCCGACACGAGGAGAUCAAUUACAGGCUACUGCACAUUUCUGGGGGACUCACUUAUUACCUGGAAAAUAAAGAAGCAGGCGAUUGUUUCGAAGUCCUCAUCCGAGGCUGAAUACAGAGCCCUAUCUCAGUUGUCGUGCGAAGUACAAUGGAUCACCCAAUUGCUGAAGGACUUGAAUGUCGAAUACCAGGGUCCAGCUACCGUCUUCUGCGACAACAAAUCUACCAUACACAUGGCAGAGAAUCCGGUUUUCCAUGAAAGAACCAAGCAUAUCGAAAUCGACUGCCAUGUGAUCAGGGAGAGGGUGAAAUCAAAGCUAAUCAGCCUGAAAUAUGUGUGCACUGACAGGAACUUAGCCGACAUAUUUACCAAGGGUCUAAGUGCACACAGAUUCAAGUGGAUUCUCUUCAAGCUGGGAGUAUAUGAUAUAUACUCGCCAGCUUGUGGGGGACAGUCAACUGGAAUGGGACACUCUGCCUUGAAGCAAAGCGAAGAAGAAGAAGAAGAGGAAAGUUCCAAUGGUCAAGAAUUCAAGGCAAAAGAAGAAGAAGAAGAAGAUGAAGAACUGCGUUCGGGCUAAUACGUCGCCGUCCCAAUCUUACUGCACAUAUUCAGCUUUUAGUUUGUAAAUAUUACUUGUAAUUACACUAUUGAGACACUUGUCUCCUGACGAGAGGAUGAGGCCGUUAGAGGCACUCUGUCCUGUAGUCACUCCCUCUGUAUAUAUUCAGCAGCAAAGCUGCCAGUGAAAUUCAGAAAAAGGUUUCACAAAAUUCUGCCUUCUACUUUUUACAAUCAUUCUCAAUUCCGAUCACAACAACAAGGAUAACCCGUCAGUCCCCGAUUCAAAAACCAAGAAAACUGCUCAUGCGUGAAACUUAAGCUAACGACGGAAAGUGAACGAAAACUUGGAAGGCAGUAUCGCUCCAGGAGCGUCAGUUGGAAAAUUGAAGUAACCGAAGCUUUUGAGCUUCUUUCAGAGCUCAAAUGGCGGGAAAACAGGGAAGCAUUGAACAACUCAACUGUUAGCGAACUAACCACUUAGUCCCAAUAACUCGAGUUGUUGGGAAAGGGAUAGUUAAGCCUUUUAACCUCUUAUACGCCCCCUCAAACGAAAGCCGUUGCCGAAUUGUGGAUUUUUACGGUUUGCACAGGUUGAACCCUUGUGCUGCCAAACCACGAGGCUUUAGUUUGCACAGGUUGGACAUACCAUUCCUUGUGCUAAACGAAUUGGCAUGAAAUGGGGGUCGUUAUGAGGAUUCAACACAAGACACUUGAUGUUCAAUACCUUCCAUUUGAUAAAACUCAUUCAUCUCAAACUCUUUCCCUCCAUCACUUCUGAUAAUCUUCACUGUUGUGUUAAACUGGUUUUUAACCAAGUUACAGAAACCCUGUAACAGACCUCUUGUCUCACUCUUAUUGCGCAUCAAAUAAACCCAAACAGCACGUGAACAAUCAUCAACAAUUGUAAGGAAGUAACUGUAAUUAUCAUAAGAAACAGUAGAAAGAGGU